AUGUACUGGAGCAUUACAGGAAUCGCGUUCAAGUGUGGAACAAAGGUGGAGUACAAGCAAUCUAUAUUGUCAAGCACAGAAUUACAGUUUCUUGUAGAGGUCUUGUUUGCUGGGAAAAGAGUUGGUGAAGGAGUUGGUAGAACAAGAAGGGAAGCACAACACUUGGCUGUUGAAGGAUCUCUUUUAUAUUUGGCUGGAGGAUAUUCUCAUGCACCGGAUCAUUUAACUUAUGGAGCCGACUUGAAGAUAACCCGAUGGUUCGGCAUCUCCAGGAUGGGCGGCUUUGUUGUAUUUGUGAUCUACCUGGUCACGACAUUCUCUCUUUACGUACCGGAUUGGGGUUUUGUGGUGUACCACGAUCACAGGCCCAAAAAAUACACUGUAAAAUGUGGGAUGAGAGGACACUUGGGACCGCAGCUGGUUAUGUGGACAGACAAGUUUGGGGGUAUUAAUCAUCUAUAUGAGAAACUGGGUUGGAGACGGUUAAAGGCUUGCACUGUAAGUUCUCCAGGUGCUGGACCACUCCGUGAGGACACCUACUUGGUGUCGAGCACCAUUUGA